GUCCCAUAAUUUGGGACACAGCCGAAGAAGGUUGCUACAGAUCUGUUGUUAUUGUGUGUUUCAAAAUACUGUCAGUUAGCUAGUCUAGUUAACUAAAACUGAAUGAAUUGUGCAGGAGUAGCUAGCGUUAGGUUAGCUAACUUAGCUAGUAGUGGGGGAAGUAUGAAGCUUAGGUAGCGAAACUAAAGUUAAGAGUCACUAUUUAUGUGGCUAGCCAAUGUUAGCGAGCUAAGUUAGCAAUUAGCAGGUCAAGCCUGACACUUCCUCCUUUUUUACAGAGUAACGGUAUUUAGCUAGCUACAUUGUUGUUUUUAUCGACAAAAUGAUGCGAAUAUGGCCAGCAAGCAUAGUACUUUGCUUCUCAUUGGCGCUGCCCUGUUACGCUGUAUUGCCUUUGGUCAUUAACACUUGGCCUUUCCAGGACGCUACGGCAACAGCAUGGAAGACACUCAGCUCUGGAGGCUCUGUGUUGGAUGCUGUUGAGAAGGGCUGUGCACAGUGUGAAAUAGACCAGUGUGAUGGCAGCGUCGGCUAUGGAGGAAGCCCAGAUGAGACUGGCGAGACAACACUGGAUGCCAUGAUAAUGAAUGGUGACACAAUGGAGGUGGGGGCCGUGGGAGACCUCAGACGAAUCAAGAAUGCCAUUGGUGUGGCAAGGGCAGUGAUGGAGCACACCAAGCACACCUUUCUGGUGGGGGAGUCAGCCUCAGUAUUUGCAGAAAACAUGGGAUUCACUGCUGAAGACCUAACAACUGACAAGUCUUUCAGUAUUUUCACAAAAUGGCUGCAGGGGAACUGCCAGCCAAAUUAUCGUCAGAAUGUUUCUCCUGACCCUUCCAAAUCAUGUGGACCCUACAAGCCUCAUGCGUUGCCGCAGCAAAGAUGGAGACACCAGCUCAUUGACAUCCAUGCACAUGACACUAUUGGAAUGGUUGUUAUUGAUCAGGCUGGGCGUGUGGCAGCAGGAACGUCAACUAAUGGAGCAAGGCAUAAGGUCCCAGGCCGUGUGGGGGAUUCGCCCAUUGCUGGAGCAGGAGCCUAUGCUGACAGCACAGCAGGGGGUGCGGCAGCCACCGGGGAUGGGGAUGUUAUGAUGCGGUUCCUUCCCAGUUACUUGGCUGUGGAGCUGAUGAGAGGAGGAGUAGAUCCGUCCGUGGCUUGUAAAACCGCCAUCACAAGAAUUAAGAGGCACUUUCCAGGGUUUUUUGGCGCUGUCAUUUGUGCAAAUACAACAGGCAGUUACGGAGCUGCUUGCAACAAAGUUCCUGGAUUUUCUCAAUUUCCGUACAUGGUGUUUAACCCGAAAUCCAAUGUACCCAUUCAAGAAACAGUGGACUGUAUUUAAGGAUAAGUGUGUUAUUUUGGCAAUAGUAUUUUAUAUUGAUGCUGUCAGGAUCCUACACUAAAUACAAAAUGGCAGAUUCAGAGAAGAUCUAAAGCUUG